AAGACAGCAAGGGAUUUCGACAAAAUAGAGGGAAGAAUAAGUUUCAAAGAAAAGCAUCAGGUAAGGCUCAUAGCCAUCCAAAACUGCUAAUUCAGGGCAGAGCUUCAAACGGUACAGUUGCUAAUACCUCUGGUUCCAACACCCAAACCUUGCAGGACACCAAGCACUCUAGUUAUCGCUAGGACAGCUGAGCCGUCGACAAGGUCAAGUAUCGGUAAGGCACUAUUGGAAGUUUCAAGUGUUGACCGUCUAGUACAUACCAGCCCAAGCCUGCCACCAUGGACCCCUCGCAGCGUGAGCGAUUCACCGGACGGAUCUAUGUCAAGCACAACCGCGACCACGCCGUAGCGUUCGCCGACAUGGCCGCCUCCCAAGGGUCCACGGACGAAUACACCAUCCUCAACCUCUUCUGCGACGGCUCCAUGGACGUCACCGACACCAACCGCGGCGGCAUCUCGGUCGUCUAUCAACCCCCGGCCCCCGGGCGCGGCGGUUCCCACCGGGACCUCGUCGGCGCGGCCUGGCCCGUCAACCCGGUCUACGACUGCGCGCUGGGCGAGCUCCUCGCCGUCUCGGAAGCGCUCACCACCGCGCUGCACCAAAUCUCCGAGCUCGACAGCACCACCACCACCACCCACCACCGCAGCGGCAAACCAACGCUCGUCCGCAUCUUCAACGACAACAUGUUCAACAUCGAGUACCUCGCCGCCGCCACGCCCCGGCAGCUCGCGCCCCACCUGCUCACCCUGGCCGAGCCGGUCCUCGCCCUCAUCGCCGUGCAGUCGUGGGCGCUCCAGAACAUGCGCCCCGGGAUCCAGCUGGAACUGCACUGGAUGCCGGGCCACUUCCACCGCGUCCGGGCGCACUGCUGGGCCGACGAGCUGGCGAAAGGGGCGCGCGCCUCCGGCUGGGCGUUCGAUUCGACCCGGAAGGGGAGCCCCUGGUUCCGCGGGGCCGAGUCGGAGUCGUGUGUGGUGCCGUUUUUGAGGGAGGAGCUGGAUCUGGCGGCGGCGAAGAGCGGUAGGUGUGGGGGUAUGGUGGUGCAGGCUGGUAGGGUGCCCGUGGAGGUGUACUAAUUAGGGGUGUGUUGGGUGUGUGCUGUGUUGAUG